GGGCGGGCGCUUCCUGUCGCUGCCUCCACCGCCAGGGGCCGCGGGAAGCCAGGGCGGUGCCGGGCCGGAGAAGGCCCGGUUUUGGUCGGGUCCGCCGCGAGGUACCUAAGCUACCAGGAUGCCAGGGCCAAGACCUCGGAAGGGCCAAGGUGUAGCAGCAGCCAAGCAGCUCGGGCUCUUUGUGGAGUUCAGCCCUGAAGACAUGGUGCUCGGGAUGGAUGAUGAGACUGAAGAUGAUGGAGACCUGGAGGCCGAAUUGCUGGCCCUCACUGGGGAAGCAGGGACCACAAGCAGGAAGUCGGCACCCAAGGGGCAGGCUCCUCUCCCCAUGGCGCACAUUGAGAAGUUGGCGGCAGACUGUAUGCGGGAUGUGGAGGAAGAGGAAGAAGAAGAAGGUCUGGAGGAGGAUGCAGACCUGCUGAAUGAGCUGCAGGAGGUCCUCGGUACUGAUGAGGAGGCUGGGCCCCUGGACAGCGAUGAGGCAGCUAGUCCAGACCUCUGUGAGGAGGAGAAGGGACAGGAAGACAGUGAGCCUGCAGCGCCAGCAGCCCUGCUAACAGCAUCAAUCCGAGCAGCUCAGGCUGGAGGGCCUCGGGGGCUGCAGGCUCUGCUGGAGGAACGGAUCCAUAAUUACCGGGAAGCUUCUGCCAGUGCCAAGGAAGCCGGUGAAGCAGCCAAAGCCAGGCGCUGUGAGCGAGGCCUGAAGACUCUGGAGUUGCAGCUAGCUGCUGUGAAGAAGGGCAGGGAGAUCAAAGAGGAGGAGAUCCCACCGCCAGUGGCCUUGGGCAAGAGGCCCCCAACCUCCCAGGAAACAGCCCACAGGAGCCCUGAGGCGGAAGUCCCAGAUCCCCCUGCCUUGGAGCCAGACAGUGUCUCCCACCUUGAGUCCAGCUGCCCUAGCAUUGCUGCCCCACUGGAUGCAGACCCAGACCCUCAGGCCCUGUUGUUGGCGAGACAAAGAGAGUACAAAGUGGCUGCCCUCAAUGCCAAGCGGGCUGGAGAGCUGGACCGUGCCCGAGAGCUCAUGAGGAUUGGGAAGAGAUUUGGUGCUGUCCUGGAAGCGCUUGAGAAGGGGCAGCCUGUUGACCUAAGUGCCAUGCCCCCUUCACCUGAUGACUUGAAGAGCCCCUCACAGGCUGCUAAGGCUCCUGAAGCACCCUCAGUGCUCCCCCCAGCACUGGAGCAAGUGCAGCCAGUGACAGCCUCAUAUACACCGCCAGCCCCAGUGACCCCUACAGAGCCACAGACAGUCCUGGAUGCCCUGCAGCAAAGGCUAAACAAGUACCGAGAGGCGGGCAACCAGGCCCGGGCCAGUGGAGAAGAACGCAAGGCCCGGAUGCAUGAGCGCAUCGCCAAGCAAUAUCAGGAUGCUAUCCGAGCACACCGAGCGGGGCGAAAAGUGGACUUUGCUGAGUUGCCUGUUCCUCCAGGGUUUCCCCCCAUCCCUGGCCUGGAGCCCACUGUAGGCCCCGAGGAAGAUUCAGUGGCCACAGCUUUGGCAGCUGCCGAAAAACUGGCCACCUCAGAGGAUACAGCCCUAGUUGAUGAAGAUGAGAAUGAGGGUGAGCCCUCAACACAGGCCCCAGUGGCCAAGAAGCCUGCCCAGCCUCUGCUUCCUUCAUCCCUGUCCCAGCCUGAGCCCAAGGCCUCAAGUUCUAGGGAGUCACUGAGUCCAACUGUGCGGGAGCAGCUGGCACUGCUGGAGGCACGGAAACUGCAAUACCAGCGUGCAGCCCUACAGGCCAAACGAAGACAAGACCUGGAGCAGGCCAAGGCCCACCUACGGGUGGCCAAGGGACUUGAGGCUCAGAUGGUCCAGGCCCGAGCCGGUCGACCUGUUGACCUCUCAAAAGUACCUUCACCCUUGACGGAUGAAGAGGGCGAUUUCAUCCUCAUCCACCAUGAGGACCUGCGGCUCUCCCAAAAGGCAGAGGAGGUGUAUGCCCAGCUACAAAAAAUGCUUCUGGAGCAGUACGAGAAAUGCCUCCUGUUCUCCAAGCAGUUCAUGCACCAGGGCAAUGUGGCUGAGACUACCCGGUUUGAGAAGCUUGCUCAUGACCGCAAGAAACAGCUGGAGAUCCUGCGGCUGGCCCAGGCCCAGGGACUUGACCCUCCCAGCCACCACUUUGAGUUGAAGACAUUUCAGACCGUAAGGAUCUUUUCAGAACUCAACAGCACAGAAAUGCAUCUAAUCAUUGUCCGGGGAAUGAAUCUCCCAGCCCCUCCAGGGGUGACCCCUGAUGACUUGGAUGCUUUUGUGCGAUUUGAGUUUCACUACCCUAACUCGGACCAGGCUCAAAAAGGCAAAACUGCUGUAGUGAAGAACACAAACUCCCCAGAAUUUGAUCAAGUCUUCAAACUAAACAUCAACCGAAACCACCGGGGCUUCAAGAGGGUGAUCCAGAACAAAGGAAUCAAGUUUGAGAUCUUCCACAAAGGAUCGUUCUUCAGAAGUGACAAACUGGUUGGCACAGCACACCUGAAGUUGGAGCAGCUGGAGAAUGAGUGUGAGAUCAGAGAGAUUGUGGAGGUCCUAGAUGGAAGGAAGCCCACUGGUGGGAAGCUAGAGGUGAAGGUGAGGCUGCGGGAGCCCCUGAGUGGCCAAGAUAUGCAGACGGUGACAGAGAACUGGCUGAUCCUGGAGCCCCGAGGCCUGUGAGGUGGUCAGCACUGGAAGAGGACCAGCUGGCGGGCAUGUACCAGAACUUACUUUCCUAACUUUGCGGGCUGCAGAAGCCUUUGUGGAUAAGAAAGAUGCUGCUACACAAGCACCAAAGACCUUGUGAAGUACAUGCCCUACUGACCACAGAAGCAGGAGCUCCCCCAGCUGAGGACAGUGUGGCAAGGACACCAUCACUGCUCUGUGCCAUGGAGCCCCAUGGCCCCUUAACCUCUGCACAGGAACUGUGUAUAGCUUACUCAGCCCCCAGUUGCACCAUUUCUGGAUGUGCCUUUAAAAGUUGUAAAUAAGGGAUGGGAGAACUUGAGGGUGAUCGGAAACCUUCCCUGCUCGGUGGGGAGGGCAGGGCCUGUGACUCAAGUUGGCCAAUGGUGGCAGCCUGUCUCCCUCGACUCAGUUCACCCCAGCUUUGCCUGUGCCUUUGUUCCUGACAGCUGCUGCACUAGCCUUCCUGCUUCCCAGUGGACUCAAUGGAAGAGGAGUUACUUCUGGUACUACUUGGUGGGAAAUAAGGGGAAGGUUGUAUCUUGGGUUUGGCCCUUAUACCUAAGAUGUUAACUGGGGAGGAAAUUAUAUAUUAUAUAUAAAUAUAUAUAUACAUAUAUAUAAAAUUUUUAUGUAGCCAACUUUUAUUUAAGACACUAGGCCUGAUUCAUUAUAGGAAGUUUACAUUCUACAAACAUUAUAAACCAGCUGUCUUAAAGCCCUGCUCUUUGGCACUGUUUAAGAGCCAGAGUAGCAGUAACAUUUGCCUGCCACUGCUGUAGCUUCCUCACUGAGACAGCCCUCUGCCUGGGGCAUACUUUAGUUCUUUCCAGUGAAUUCUCCUUUGGCUUUUUCUAGGAUAGAAAUGAUGAAGGACUUGUAAUUGUAACAGGUUUAAUAUUCAAAACUCCAAUAGUCUACAUUUCUUAGAAAUAAACACCCCUUUUAAAGCAUUAGAUUUAACAAAACAGUUUUCAAGACUAUUUGUAAAAGGCUCUAAGUGAAGCAGAUACAUUCAGCUUGCUGAUCACUAUAGUAUUGCAUAAGCACAGCUCAAGGCUUGAGCUUUUGUUUUCCUUGGGGAUAACAGGGUUGGGCCAUGCUUCCCUACCCCUAACAGCAAAGUUUUUAGUGGCAACAGCAGGAACUACAGACUAGUGACUCUCCCAAGAGCUCACUGGUCAGUGUACUUACCUGUCAGAGUGAGUUACCAGAACUUUCAUGGAGUAGAGAUUUAACAUUUAUUUAAAGUUACAUAUCUUAUGUCAAACCAUGAUCUAAAAUCAAGGGGCUCAUCAGGAGCAAAGCUAACCCAGCCUAGUUUUCCCCUUAGAGUCUGUGUCCAAGCCAGCACUUCACAAUGAAGGGCCAGUGGGUGUAUCUGCUAAGGUUUGGACAAGCCCAAUUGAGGCCUCUACUGGAAAUACCCCAUUUCAAUAGGGCACUUUUUUAUGGCUCUAAAAAUUUUCCUUUGUAACACACUUGGUUACAGUGGGCUUCAAUGCUCUUUGCUCUUA